AUGCCCCAUAAUGCAAAGAAAUUAUAUAUUCACAGAUGUAUUAGACUAUGUACGGUAGUAGCCUAUAUAUUUUUUGUAUCAGCACCUGCUAUAUCUCUUAGUAUCUACUAUAUUUGGAUUUGGGAUCCUAAUUACAUUACCAAGGUUAGUUUACAUUUUUAA